UGCCAGAAGACAGCGUCCUACGCAGCUGUGAGGUGCUUGUGCGAACUAGUUUUAUAAAGCGGUGAUUCUAAAUCAAAAUCUAAAUCGAGCAUCAAAAUCUGAAAAAGUCAUUGGUUUCCUAAUGCAUGAAUCUUAUAACCUGCUGUAUUAUGUAAUUGAAUAAUCCUCUUCAAGUAGUAAAUUCAUGUAAUUAGUGAAAUUACUGCGUCCAUUCAUUCAAUAGAAAUGAUCAGAGUUUCACAGUUCCCGAGCAGUGUACCCAUCAGAGUUGCGUUACUCUCAUUUAUUCAUGAACAUGGAUUACUCACCUAAUGGAUUCGUCAAAUCAAACUCUUACAGCACAGAUAUUGACUACCCGUCAGAGAACCAAGCCCUGUUCACGCUGGCAGUGAUGGUAAUCGUCUUGCUGUUUAUUCUGGUCUACUGCUGCUCCGGCGCCUCUCCAUGCAGCAACACCGACAUCAGUAGCACUGAAGUAACCUCUGUGUUACCUGACGUGACCAGACGUGUUCUUCGCAAUUCCGUCCAACCUCGGACACAGAGGCCGGGAUCGAGGGAGCAAAAUGUUACGCGGGGCGACCAUCGCAGUAGAUCUCCCGCUGUGAUCGUGCCUAUGAUGUGCAGCGGCGAUGAAAACUACAACGGGCCUUACCACUCGAAAGGAAAAAGAAAACCUCCCGCGUACGAGGACUUGUACCAAGCACCUCCACCUUAUGCCACCAGGACUCAUACUCCAAGUCCCAACCAGGUUGCCGUUUUUCCUCCGCCAUACGAAGACUCCUGCAAAGAUUGUAAACUUACUUUCGAUCUCGAGAAUUGCUUUGAUUACCUUCGAGAAGCAAGUUUCAGCAAAAACCCUGAUAAUGCAUCCAAAAGUGAAAGCGAAACGCCCGGAAGAACUGAUCCUCCGGCGGAAACUGCUAGCUCACCAACGUUGAGUGCUAUUAUUACGAUGUCGGGAGCUGACAUUCCGAUGUCGGGAGCUGACAUUCCGUUGUCGGGAGCUGACACCCCGAUGUUGGGAGCUGGCAUCCCGAUGUUGGGAGCUGAAACCCCGAUGUUGGGAUCUGACAUUCCACUAUCGAAUGCUGGCACUCCAUUAUCAGGUGCUAGCACGGCAAUGCCGAGUGCAGGUAUCCAGCCACUAGAUAAUAUAUCUCCAAAUGCGUGUGAUGGAACCACAAAGUUAUUUUCUGUCACUCCACCUUCUGAUAUAGAUAUUUUACCUUCAGUAUCCGACAAUAAAGCUUUAUCAACAUUUACCCAAUCGGCUAAUGCCAGCUCCUAUAGCCGGUCGGUGGCCUUAGAGCGCACUACCGUCCCGAAUAUUAUGCCAAAAUUAUAGUCCCCCUCCCGAAUGCCUCUAAUUUGAUGUGAUUGCUCGCGCACUCCUAGAUAAUGCACUGAAAAUUCACAUUUAUGUCACAAGGAGCUUUUGAAAUACAAUUUCAAUGAAGGAAUGUUCCGUGAAAACCAUCGGAGUGCUUCGGUGAAUUUAGGUUUCAGACUGGCCAGUGCAUCUGGUCCUACCGCGCAAGAGUCGGGCACCCCCCAAGGUCCAUUACAUCCGAGCAGCAAUUAUGCAAGAACAUGACAUUGUCUUCAGAGAACUAAUACAAUUUCUUGUAAGAUUCUUAUGAGACAAAUCCAAAUGCGAAUGAUUAAAUUGGAACGAGAAAUGAAGAUUGGGAAUCAAUAGGGCCACAUUGGGAAUUUAUGACGUCACAACUGGUGACGAAUACAUCAAUGGUAAAAUGGAGCCAGAUUUAAAAGAGUUAACAGAUUUGAAACGAAAAAUGAGUCAUCAUCUCAGUAUAAACGAUUGAUCAGUGCAUAAGUGAUGGUUUAUGCGAUUUGAAAAUUGUAAAUAAGAAUGUUAUUGUAUCGAAGUAAACAUAAUGUCGAAACGUUUCGGUGAUUUUAAGGUUGUAAACGGUAUUAAAAUCGAGAUCUGUGUCACGAAGAUAAUGAUUGCCACGACAUAGCCAGCUACCGAGAUAAAACUCAAUCUCCUCACCUCGACUUUUUGCCUUGUAACUUUUCUAGAGUCUCGGCCGCCAUUCCUUCUAGAGAGCAGGACAUGGACGCUAGAGAACGGCCUGCAGCUCUUCCUUCUAGAGAGCAGGACAUGGACGCUAGAGAACGACCUGCAACUUGUCCAUCUAGAGAGCAGGACAUGGACGCUAGAGAACGGCCUGCCGCUUGUCCAUCUAGAAAGCAGGACAUGGACGCUAGAGAACAACCUGCAACUUGUCCUUAUGGAGAGCAGGACAUGGAUGCUAGAGAACGGCCUGCAGCUUGUCCAUCUAGAGAGCAGGACAUGGACGCUAGAGAACGGCCUGCAGCUUGUCCACCUAGAGAGCAGGACAGGACGCUAGAGAACAACCUGCAACUUGUCCUUAUAGAGAGCAGGACAUGGACGCUAGAGAACAACCUGCAACUUGUCCUUAUAGAGAGCAGGACAUGGACGCUAGAGAACGGCCUGCAGCUUGUCCAUCUAGAGAGCAGGACAUGGACGCUAGAGAACGGCCUGCAGCUUGUCCUAGGGUGCAGGACAUGGACGCUAGAGAACGGCCUGCAGCUUGUCCUUCUAGAGUGUAGGACAUGGAUGCUAGAGAACGGCCUGCAGCUUGUCCAUCUAGAGAGCAGGAAUGACUGCUCUAAAAUUUCGUACUAUGUGUUAUGAAUAUUAAAUAACGAGUAGCUGUAAAUUUUAGAUGAUUUUAGAUUAAAUCCAGCCGCCAAAGAUAGUUUAGGCUGAAUCUGUGAUGAUCGAAUAAAUUUGUAGAUGAAUAGUUAUAGUUAUCAGGCAUAUCAUAAUAAACUAUAGUACAUUUUUACAGCGUCGGCUAACAAAUAAAUAGCAAUUGGCCAAUGACCUUAACAAUUAGACUAAGAUAAGCACAGUAGUCUGGGGCUGCGUCCUAGAAGUGAACUUAAGUUCAACGAUAAUUUGAUAUGAACUUAUUGGCACCCGACGGUAACUCUAUUUACAAGAUCUGUACAGUCUAUAUUAUAUAGGUAGCUGUGAUAACGGCCAUUGUAACCGUAACGUAACCAAAACAGUCAUUUCAUGUAUAACCGUCUGCUACAGCUGCAGAGUUCAGCCAUGCGCCGUCACCGUAGCAACAUUUAAUAUAGAAGUAGGAAAUCUUCAUAAUUCGCAGCCGGAUGUGUGAUAGCAGUCGAUGAAGCUAAGUUACCUUUCGUGUUUUGUUUUAAGACUCGUAUAUAUACUUUCGUGCUUUUAUGUUGUUUUAAGACUCGUACUUUCGUGCUUUUUUGUUGUUUUAAGACUCGUGCUUUCAGGGAUAAUUUUUUAGUCAAUAAAUUUAUUUUUGAA